AUGCACAACAAAGAAGUAAGUGAUUUUAUAUUGAAGGCCAGUAUAACAUUAAAUCAAAUAUCACAUGAUAUAUCAGUUAAGGUAAGAAUAGAGCUGAUAAGUCUUAUAAAUAUGCAAUAUGUUCAUGAUCUUCCAUCAGUUCAUAAGGCAUAUAUUGCUAGAAAGCAUAAAGACAGAGGUGUUGAUUUUUUCAAAAAGCAAGAAUACUUAAUAGCCUUCAAGAGAUUCAGUAAAGCUUUGAAGUUAUUAAUAUCACUAGGCCCAUACAGCGAUAGCGGACUUAACGAUGUCGAUUAUAAAAUAGUUUUUGAUCUCAAGCGAGAUUUGUAUAACAAUUUAGCCUUAUGCAGGCAGUGUAUGAAAUCGAAGAAUCCAGAAGUUAAUCUUCAACAUAUUGUAUAUUUGUGUAAUAAAGUUUUAGAGAUCGAUUCCAACAAUAUCAAAGCUCUGAUGAGGCUUGCAAAGGCCAAGACUGAAUUAAGAGACUUUGAGGAAGCCAGAGAUGUUAAUGAAUUUAUAACUCUUCCUUUUUAA